GCAGCAGUGGCGAGGGCGUGGGGAGGGGUGGGGUGAGGGGGCGAGGCCGCGGCGAGGGCGGCGAAACUCUCCUCCCCUUAGCCCCACCGCGUGGGACGGCGUGAACGCGGUGUCGGAGGGAUGUCCGCCUUCUCCGAGGCGGCGCUGGAGAAGAAGCUGUCGGAGUUGAGCAACUCGCAGCAGAGCGUGCAGACCUUGUCCCUGUGGCUCAUCCACCACCGCAAGCACUCGCGGCCCAUCGUCACUGUGUGGGAGCGGGAGCUGCGUAAAGAAAGAGAAUUUCUAUUUGGAGGGAUAUACCCCAAGGCAUUUGUGAAGACCAAAGUAGCUAUAAUUUCCUUAAUGAAUACAAUAGAGCGUAACCAAAAACCCAAACCCAACAGGAAGCUUACUUUUCUCUACCUAGCCAAUGAUGUCAUUCAGAACAGCAAAAGGAAGGGGCCGGAGUUUACAAAAGAUUUUGCACCAGUUAUAGUGGAGGCUUUUAAGCAUGUUUCAAGUGAAACUGAUGAAAGUUGUAAGAAGCACCUUGGAAGAGUGUUAUCUAUUUGGGAAGAAAGGUCUGUUUAUGAAAAUGAUGUAUUAGAACAGCUUAAGCAAGCUCUGUAUGGCGACAAGAAGCCUAGGAAGCGAACUUAUGAACAGAUAAAGGUGGAUGAAAAUGAAAACUGUUCAUCUCUGGGAUCUCCAAGUGAACCACCACAGACUCUAGAUCUCGUUAGAGCCUUACAAGAUCUAGAAAAUGCAGCUUCAGGUGAUGCAGCAGUUCAUCAGAGGAUAGCUUCUUUGCCUGUUGAAGUCCAAGAAGUAUCCCUACUAGAUAAAAUAACAGAUAAAGAAUCUGGAGAAAGGCUUUCUAAAAUGGUAGAGGAUGCUUGUAUGUUGCUGGCAGAUUACAAUGGCAGAUUGGCGGCUGAAAUAGAUGAUAGGAAGCAACUCACUCGAAUGUUAGCCGAUUUUCUUCGUUGUCAAAAGGAAGCCCUUGCAGAGAAAGAACAUAAAUUGGAAACCUUUUUAGACAGUGGGCCAGGUAAGCUACUCCUUGCAUUAGUUGGUUUCUUUCUACUUAAACCAAAUUAACCUGCCUAAGUAAAUUUAGAAAUUUGGAAUUAGCAGAAUUGGUUAUAUUUUAAAAUUAUUCGUGUGAAAUUUCAAUAAUAGUGAUUCAUCUUAUGAGUAUAAACCUUUAUCUUGAAGAAUGAAAAUAAUGGGAAAAUAGCAGUUGGUAUAAAGUCUCGUGUCCAACUACAGUAAAUUAUAGUUGGAUUUAUUUAAUUCCUGUUCUGAGUACAUGCAGUCUUUUGAGUAUACAAUUAAGAAAUAAAAAGACUUUCUUGGGCAUAGAAUUUGUUGUGGGUAAGCUAGUCCCCAGUCUCCCUGUCCCUGAACAAUUCAUUAAUUUUGCUCAGGAAGGUAGUCUUCAAGUUACUCCUUUGUUCCAUCCCUGAUUCUGAUGCUUACCAUAGUCCCACCCCACUCCUGGCUCAUACACACCCUUAGGGAGAAAGUCAUUGCUCCUUUAAAUUUAGUGAUGAUCAAUACUGUUGAUGAGAAGUCUGGAGGUACAGGAAUUAAAAAAAAGAAACACUCUCAUAUUUCCUUUGAGUGGGUAAUUCUCCUCAGAGUAGCCAUUGUCGGGGUGGAUGGGCCAGAUUUGAUUUUAUUUAAUAGAAUUUCAUUUGAAUAGUUCUUGUUUAAAUUGUUUACUGCUAUAGCAAUUUCUUAUUCUAAUAAUAUAUUGGAGAAUUUCUAAUUUGUCUGGAUCUGUUUACAGCCAUGCGUUGCUUAACGACAAGGAUGUGUUCUGAGAAAUGCUUCGUUAGGCGAUUUCAUUGUUGUGCAAACAUCAUAGAGUGUAGUUACAUAAACCUAAAUGGUAUGGCCUACUAUACAUCUAGGCUAUAUGUUAUUAAUCUUAUGGGACCUCCGUCAUAUAUGUGGUCUGUCAUUUACUGAAACGUUGUUAUGCAGCGCAUGACUGUAUUUAGAGACAGUUCUCUGUAAAUUUGUAGGUAUGUUAUGAUACUGCCUCUAUUAAGUUGCUUUUGUUUAUUAGCGUUUAGGUCUUGUUUCAGCAGUCUGUACUUGUGCCGAAGAUGAUUGCUAUUUCUACUUGUGGGAGCAGCUACUUGAUUAAGUAUCAGCAGCAGAGCUCUCGCAUCCCAAAUUCUCAGCUCUUAAUUUAUCAUUACCACUUUUCAAUUUGCUCCUCCUCUGCUCACAUAUAUACUUUGAGAGCAUAGUUGUUGGCACCAGGCUCUACCUUUAAAGACGUUGCCCAGUUCUGCGGAGAAAGGAAAAGAUAGACUUUUUAAAAAACAUACAGUUGAUGGUUGACAGUUUUUGAUCUUGUGAUGGAACUUCAACCUUAAACAUAUUGUUACUUGUUUUAUUGUUAGCAGAAUUAAGGGUAAGUAAUGUCAUACAAUUUUUGUCUUUAGUCUUUGGUAUGGUUUCUUUAACUUCUGUUGAGCUUCUGUUGCAGGUAUUGGACAUGGGCGUAUCUUCUAACGAUGUCAUCAUCAUUAGCAUAUUCUUCCUGCUAAAAAUAAAUAUCAAACUCCAAA